AUGAAGUCGCUCAAGCAGUCGACCUCGACGCCCGUCCUGCACCGCAGCGUCGAGCCCGGCCCCUCCAACCUGCUGUCGCACCGCGACUCGGGCGUCCUCAAUACCAUUCCCGACCCGCGCACGCCCAGUCCCAACAGGGGAGCCUCGCGCGGCUCCGACGUCUCGUCCGCCGCCACCCACCACCCGGACCUGAGCAACGAAGUCGCGACCCUCAGCACCAAACUCAUCAAUGCGAUCAACCACCAGACCAACCUGGACGACAAUCUCCAAGCGACGCGGCAUGAGCUGGAAGCGGCGCGAGCGCGCAUUGAGCAGCUGGAGGCUGCCGCGGAACAGCACGCGCGGCAAAUGCGGCUGAUGAUCAAGAAGGAAGAGUACGACAAGAUGGAGAAGCAGCUGCGGAAAGAGCUUGACGAUGAGAGGAAACUGCGCCUUGCUGCCGACCGGGAGAAAAAGAGAAUGGAGUCGGAGCUGGAAAGCCUGACGACCGCUCUGUUCGAAGAAGCCAACACUAUGGUCGCAGCGGCACGCAAGGAGAAGGAAGCGUCCGACAAGAAAGGAGAGCAGCUCAAGACUCAACUCAAAGAUACGGAAUCGCUUCUGGCCUCCCAACAGGAGCAGCUUCAGGACCUCAAGGCAGUCAUGGCGCAGAUGAGCACCGAACGCGAGGAAGAGGCCACCACUAACAUUACGGCGCCCUCGACACCUGCCGUUGUAGCUUCUGACCGGAUGAGCCGCAACUUCGAGCAAGCAAGCUUCUCACCAAACAUGCCAAACCUAGAAGACAUGCAUCCCGCUCAUCCCCUGUUUUUUACGCAGCUGAUCAGCCCCGUCCUGCGUGAUGACACUGAAGCCUAUCAUGAGUUUCAGGAACUCAUCAGAACCACCAAGAACGCCUCGGCCCCCAACUCGCGUGCCGCAAGCGGCAACUAUGGCGGACUGAACGUCAUGGGACUCGGCUCCUUCACCAACCUCUCAACCGCCUCUCUCCACCAAACCACCUCGGCCUCCGGCAGCUCCCUCCCCUCUUCGGCCGCCUCGCCAAAGGACCCCUAUGCAGCUCUGCCCGCCCUAAAAGACAUUAGGUUUUAUAAGCGUGCUCUUACCGAGGACAUUGAGCCAACGUUACGCCUGGACAACGCCCCUGGUCUAUCUUGGCUCGCUCGCCGCACCGUCCUCAACAGCAUGACUGCCGGUUCGUUGACCAUAGAACCGCAUCCACCUAUUCUGCCCAAAUACCGCGGUUCCCUCAAUCCGUGCUCCAUGUGCGGCGAGGGUCGCCAGACCCCGGUAAUGGCAUCGGAGAAGGAAAAGAACACCGAUCCUUAUGCCCGCAAACAUCGAUUCCGUACCAGUGACGCAGAAGACGCGCAGCGCUACCCGCUCUGCGAUUUCUGCCUUGCGCGCGUUAGAAGCUCUUGCGACUACAUUGGCUUUUUACGCAUGUGUCGCGACGGCCAUUGGCGCGCGCAAAGUGGCGACGAAGAAAGAAGCGCAUGGGAGGAAAGCGUCAAGCUCCGGGAACGCAUGUUCUGGGCGCGAAUUGGCGGUGGCGUCAUUCCAGCUGCGCUGGCAUUCUCGAAGGAAAAUCCGGCGGAAGAAAGGGAGAGACGGCGAGUCGCGGGACUGAGAAAGAGCGUUGAAAGCGAAUUGAAGCUUAGUGCUGAAGAGAAGGAAUAUCUCCGGCCCUCGACCUCUGCUACGACCGAUUUCGCGAGCCAGCAAGAUGGUGCGAGUGAGGGGCACGAUGAUGGCGCAGAAGAGAAGCGUGUCGAUGGCGUGGAGGAGAAUGCUGAAAAUGCAGAUGAGAAGCGUUUUGACGGCGCAGAGGACGUAUCAUUGCAUGCAGAGAACCAGGAGAAACCCAUCAGCAUCGGCAAUACGGAAAUGACGCAUAGCGAUGACGAAAAGGCUGAAGUAGGUCCUGUGCAGAAGCAAGACAGCGCCGUUGCGCUCGACUCGGAUGAGGAGAACCGAAUUGAGAAGCAAGCCGGCGACGAACUACAUGACGAAGCGAAGAGGCGCUCCCUCGAAGCUCAAGAGCAGCAAAUUGACUCCGAGGCCCAGCUCUUUGACGACGAUGACGAAGAAGAGGAACGGGAUCACGAGCAAGCUCGUAAGUCUGAGGCCGAACAGACCGUCGAAUCGACCGCGACGCCGGAGGCCGAGACGGCGAAAACUCCGGAGGAUGAGAAGACCUCCAUCUCGAUGCCGGGCGGUUUCGAGUGA